AGAGUUCAGUCGUCCUAUUCCUGUAUUAGUGCAGUAAGUGGGAAGGAGAAUAUGAGCACAGAUGGGGAAAUGUCAAUCUUCGGGCCUGCUGCCCAGUUCCUCCGCAAGUCUGACAGGGAGAGGACAGAGGCUCAGUCUCGGCCGUUUGACAGCAAGACGGCGUGCUUCGUCAGCGAUGAGAAAGAACUUUAUGUGAAGGCUGAGAUCCAGGACAAGGAGGACGGAAAAGUCACUGUCAAGACUGUGGAUGACAGAACUUUAACCGUCAGGGAGGACCAGGUGUUUCCCAUGAACCCCCCCAAGUUUGAUAAGAUUGAGGACAUGGUGAUGAUGACACACCUCCAUGAGCCUGCAGUGUUGUUUAACCUGAAGGAGCGAUAUGCAGCGUGGAUGAUCUACACCUACUCUGGUCUGUUCUGUGUGACGGUGAAUCCCUACAAAACUCUACCCGUCUACAACCCAGAGGUGGUGCGGGCGUACAGAGGGAAGAAGAGGAUGGAGGUUCCCCCUCACAUCUUCGCCCUGUCAGAUAAUGCCUACCAGUUCAUGCUCACCGAUCGUGAAAAUCAGUCGAUACUCAUCACUGGAGAAUCCGGUGCAGGCAAGACUGUCAACACUAAACGUGUCAUUCAGUAUUUCGCGACAAUCGCAGUGUCUGCAGACAAGAAAAAGGAGAUGAGCAGUAUCGCUUUUCGACAGGGGACUCUGGAGGAUCAGAUUAUCCAGGCCAACCCUCUGCUGGAAGCUUUUGGGAACGCCAAGACAAUGAGGAACGACAACUCCUCUCGCUUUGGUAAAUUCAUUCGAAUACACUUUGGCGCGACUGGUAAACUGGCAUCUGCAGAUAUUGAAACAUAUUUGCUGGAGAAAUCUAGAGUGACAUUUCAGCUGUCGGCUGAGAGGAGUUAUCAUAUCUUUUAUCAGCUUACUUGCAACAAGAAGCCUGAACUGAUCGAUCUGCUUCUCAUCACCACCAACCCCUACGACUUUGCUUUCGUCAGUCAGGGCGAAAUCAGUGUCAAAACCAUAAAUGACGGCGAGGAGUUAAUGGCUACCGAUGAGGCCUUUGAUAUUCUGGGCUUCACCGCUGAAGAGAAGAUGUCCAUCUACAAGCUAACUGGCGCUGUGAUGCAUUAUGGGAACAUGAGGUUCAAGCAGAAGCAGCGGGAGGAGCAGGCGGAGCCAGAUGGCACCGAGGAAGCUGAUAAAGCAGCAUAUCUGAUGGGUCUGAACUCAGCUGAUCUGCUGAAAAGUCUCUGUUAUCCCAGAGUGAAGGUUGGAAAUGAGUAUGUCACCAAAGGACAAAAUGUGCAGCAGGUGUACAACUCUAUCGGCGCCCUCGCAAAAUCUGUCUACGAGAAGAUGUUUCUGUGGAUGGUGAUACGAAUCAACCAGCAGCUGGACACAAAACAACCCAGACAACAUUUCAUUGGUGUUCUCGACAUCGCUGGCUUUGAAAUCUUUGAUUACAACAGCAUGGAGCAACUCUGCAUUAAUUUCACCAACGAGAAGCUGCAACAGUUUUUCAACCACCACAUGUUUGUGUUGGAGCAAGAGGAAUACAAGAAAGAAGGAAUUGACUGGGAGUUCAUUGACUUUGGGAUGGACUUGGCAGCCUGCAUUGAGCUCAUUGAAAAGCCAAUGGGGAUCUUCUCCAUCCUUGAGGAAGAGUGCAUGUUCCCAAAAUCAACAGACACCUCUUUCAAGAACAAACUGUAUGACCAACAUCUUGGAAAGAACAGCUGCUUCUUGAAGCCAAAAACAAUCAAAGGCAAGCCUGAGGCUCACUUCACUCUGAUGCACUACGCCGGCACUGUAGACUACAACAUCAGCGGCUGGCUGGAGAAGAACAAAGACCCUCUGAGCGAGUCUGUGGUGCAGCUUUACCAGAAGUCAUCAGUAAAGAUACUGGCCAUGUUCUACGCAAGCUUCUCUGGAUCAGACGAAGCAGCUGGAGCAGGAACCAAAAAAGGAUCCAAGAAGAAGGGAGCAUCUUUCCAAACUGUGUCAGCGCUGUUCAGGGAGAAUCUUGGGAAGCUCAUGACUAAUCUGAGAACCACUCAUCCUCACUUUGUGCGCUGCUUGAUACCAAAUGAGACCAAAACACCAGGUGCUAUGGAAAACAAACUGGUUAUCCACCAAUUACGUUGCAACGGCGUGCUGGAGGGCAUCCGUAUCUGCAGGAAAGGAUUUCCAAGCAGAAUUCUUUACGGGGAUUUUAAGCAGAGAUACAGGAUCCUUAACGCCAGCGCUGUUCCAGAGGGACAGUUUAUGGAUAACAAAAAAGCUGCGGAGAAACUGCUGGGCUCGAUCAAUGUGGAUCACACACAGUACAAGUUUGGACACACUAAGGUGUUUUUUAAAGCUGGUUUGCUGGGCGCUUUGGAGGAAAUGAGAGAUGAGCGGUUAGCCCAGGUGGUGACGUCCACUCAGGCUCUGUGUCGCAGCUACAUCAUCCGACUGGAGUACCAGAAGAUGAUGGCAAGAAAGGAGGCAAUCUACACCAUCCAGUAUAACAUCCGUUCCUUCAUGAAUGUGAAACAUUGGCCGUGGAUGAAGCUGUUCUUCAAGCUCAAACCUCUCCUGAAGAGCGCUGAAGCCGAGAAGGAAAUGGUCCAGAUGAAGGUGGAUUUCACAAAACUCAAAGAAGAUCUGGCCAAAUCAGAAAACCGGCGGAGGGAACUGGAGGAAAAAAUGGUCUCCAUUGUACAAGAGAAGAAUGACCUCCUCCUACAAGUCCAGUCAGAGGCAGACAACCUCCUGGAUGCAGAGGAGAGGUGCGAAGGACUCAUCAAAAGCAAGAUCCAAUUGGAGGCCAAGCUGAAGGAGGUGAUGGAGAGACUGGAGGAUGAGGAGGAAGUUAACGCUGAGCUGACGGCCAAGAAGAGGAAGCUAGAGGACGAGUGUUCGGAACUGAAGAGGGACAUCGACGACUUGGAGCUCACUUUAUCCAAAGUGGAGAAGGAGAAACAUGCAGUAGAAAACAAGGUGAAAAACCUGACUGAAGAAAUCAUGAGCCAAGAUGAAAACAUCACCAAACUGUCGAAAGAGAAGAGAGAGCUGCAGGAGGCUCAUCAGCAAACUCUGGACGACCUGCAGUCAGAGGAGGACACAACAAACACUCUCACUAAAGCUAAAACUAAGCUGGAGCAGCAGGUGGAUGAGCUGGAUGGCUCACUGGAACAAGAGAAGAAGGUCCGUAUGGAUCUGGAGAGAGCCAAGAGGAAGCUGGAGGGGGAUCUGAAACUGGCUCACGAGUCCAUCAUGGAUCUGGAGAAUGAGAAACAGCAGCUGGAUGAAAAGCUAAAAAAGAAAGACUUUGAGUUGUUUCAGCUCCACACGAAGAUAGAAGAUGAACAAGCUCUUGGUGUUCAGAUGCAGAAGAAAAUAAAAGAGCUCCAGGCCCGAAUCGAGGAACUGGAGGAGGAAAUGGAGACCGAGCGCUCAGCGCGGGCCAAAGUGGAGAAGCAGAGGUGUGAUCUGUCCAGAGAGCUGGAGGAGAUCAGCGAAAGGCUGGAGGAGGCCGGGGGAGCCACCGCCGCUCAGGCUGAGAUCAACAAGAAACGGGAAGCUGAGUUCCUCAAACUGCGCCGAGAGCUGGAGGAGUGUUCGCUGCAGCACGACGCCACCUCUGCUGCUCUGCGCAAGAAACAUGCAGAGAGCGCAGCAGAACUGGGAGAACAGCUGGACAACAUCCAGAGGGUCAGGCAGAAACUGGAGAAGGAGAAGAGCGAGUUAAGACUGGAGAUGGAAGACUCAGCCAGCAACGUGGAAACCAUGGCCAAAGCAAAGAUUAAUUUGGAGAAAAUGUGCCGUUCGCUCGAAGAUCAACUGAACGAGGUAAAAACCAAAGAAGAGGAGCAUCAGAGACUAAUAAACGACAUGUUGAGUCAGAAAGCUCGGCUGCAGACAGAAAACGCUGAAAUGUCUCGCCAGCUUGAAGAAAAACAAUCCCUAAUGUCACAGCUGACUCGGGGAAAGCAAGCUUUCAUUCAGCAGAUUGAGGAGCUGAAAAGACUUUAUGAGGAGGAGGUUAAGGCAAAAAGUGCCCUGGCUCACAGUUUGCAGUCAUCUCGCCAUGACUGCGAGCUGCUGAGAGAGCAGUACGAGGAGGAACAGGAGGCCAAAGCUGAGCUGCAGCGCUGCCUGUCCAAAGCCAACAGCGACGUAGCUCAGUGGAGAACCAAAUAUGAGACGGAUGCCAUCCAACGCACCGAAGAGCUCGAGGAGGCAAAGAAGAAGCUGGCGCUGCGUCUGCAGGAUGCAGAAGAAGCUGCGGAGGCCGUCAACUCCAAGUUUUCCUCUCUGGAGAAGACCAAGCAGCGGCUGCAAGGAGAGGUGGAUGACUUAAUGAUGGAUGUCGAGAGGUCCAAUGCUGCUGCUGGCGCACUGGACAAGAAGCAGAGAAACUUUGAUAAGGUUGUGGCUGAGUGGAAGCAGAAACACGAGGAGGGUCAGGCGGAGCUGGAGUCGGCUGUAAAAGAGGUGCGUUGUUUGGGCACCGAGAACUUCAAAAUGAAGAAUGCCUUGGAAGAAUGCCUGGAGCAACUCGAGACCCUCAAACGGGAAAACAAAAACCUGCAACAGGAAAUAAUGGAUCUGACUGAGCAGCUGGGAGAGACGGGUAAAUCCAUCCAUGAGCUGGAGAAAUCAAAGAAACAGGCUGAACAGGAGAAGCUGGAGGCCCAGACCGCUCUGGAGGAAGCAGAGGCCUCCCUGGAGCACAAUGAAUCCAGGAUCCUACGAGUCCAGCUGGAGCUGAACCAGGUGAAGUCCGAGGUGGACAAGAAGAUAGCGGAGAAGGACGAAGAGGUGGAACAGCUGAAGAGAAACAGCCAACGAGUCAUCGACACCAUGCAGAGUAACUUGGAUGCCGAGGUCCGGAGCAGGAACGACGCGCUGAGAGUGAAGAAGAUGAUGGAGGGGGAUCUGAACGAGAUGGAGAUCCAGCUGAGUCAUGCUAACAGGCAGGCGGCCGAGUGUCAGAAACAACUGAGGAACAUACAAGUCCAGCUCAAGGAAGUACAGAUUCACCUCGAUGACGCUUUAAGAAACAACGAGGACAUGAAGGAGCAGGUGGCCAUGUCUGAGCGCAGGAGUAACCUCAUGCAGGCUGAGAUGGAGGAGGUCAGAGCGGCUGUGGAGCAAACCGAGAGGAGCCGCAAGCUGGUGGAGCAGGAGCUGCUGGACGCCAGCGAGAGGGUGCAGCUGCUUCACUCACAGAACACCACCCUGCUAAACAGUCGGAAGAAGUUGGAGGCUGAUCUUUGUCACAUUCAGGGUGAGAUGGACGACAGUGUCCAAGCAUCCAGGAACGCUGAGGAGAAAGCUAAGAAGGCCAUCACUGAUGCAGCCAUGAUGGCCGAGGAGCUGAAGAAAGAGCAGGACACCAGUGCUCACCUGGAGAGGAUGAAGAAGAACCUGGAGGUGACGGUGAAAGACCUGCAGCAGCGUCUGGACGAGACCGAGAACCUGGCCAUGCAGGGCGGGAAGAAGCAACUCCAAAAACUGGAAGCAAGGGUGCGAGAGCUCGAGAAUGAGCUCGAAGAGGAACAAAAACACGGCUCAGACGCUGUGAAAGGGGUUCGCAAACUCGAGCGCAGGAUUAAAGAGCUCACCUAUCAGUCUGAUGAAGACAAGAAGAAUGUGACGAGGUUGCAGGAGCUGGCGGACAAAUUCCAACUGAAAGUCAAAGCGUACAAGAGACAGGCUGAAGAAGCAGAAGAGCAGGCCAACACUCUCCAGAUGAAGCUGAGGAAGGUGCAGCACGAGCUGGAGGAGGCCGAAGAUCGCGCCGACAUCGCUGAGUCCCAGAUCAAUAAGAUCAAAGUCAAGAGUCGUGACAUGGGAAAGGCGAAAGACAGUGGAGAAUAGUCUGUGGCUGCCAUGGCGACGAUGGAGUCUGCUGUGUCUCUGAAGUUGAGAUAGUAUAACAUGUUCAUAACCAAAUAUGUGUUGGCUUCUUAAUUUAAAGGGUAACUACUGUGUUUUUCAACCUGGACCCCAUUUCCCUAUGUUUUUGUGUCUAUCAACAACACCCACUCACUGACUUUCAGCACGGGUUAUAAUAAAAUGUAAUAAAAUGCAAAUUAAUGUAUGUUUCCAUCCACUGCUGUUAAGCUAAUAUUAGGAGCUGAGUCUAGGAGCUGUCUUAGGAGCUGAAAUGAACAGUUGGUGCCAUAAAUUGUUGCCGAAGAAGAGGACGCAUGAAAUUAUGUAAUCAAAAAGAUGUGGAAAACUUGAUAUAAAUAUGACAUUUCUGUUUGUAUCACGUAUUAAUGUGAGGAAGAAUACAGUCUCCUCAUCACUCCACAAGGAUCUGAUGUUUUCAGCUCUUCAGAGAAAGUUUAA